AUAUAUCCCCGUUGGAUUACUUGAGGUCUUGCCACAACGUAUAAAUGAGCGCCCUCCGUUCUUCCGUGGGAGGGAUGAAUUAGAAACUUUAUUGGCUAGUGGAAAUAGUAACGAUUGGGUAAAACUCAGUGAGAUGUUUUUAGGUCCAGCACAUGAAAGUUUUAAAUUUGUACCAAAACACGCCUCAAAUUCUUAUGAAGGAUAG